AUGAUGGUUCUCAUUCAACUUCCCCGCCGAGCGGGUACUAAAAUCUGUCUUGAUUGGUGUAGGCAUCAAGCGGGGGAGGGGGCGGGACCCAAAAUUGAUCGGAAACGGAGAGAAGACAGCUCGAGGGCCGGUUAUUAUUCGUUGAAUACCCAGGUCCGAUGCGACGGCGGCCCAAACCCAUGCUCCAACUGCACCCGCCUCAGCUUCGCCUGCUCGUUCGUCGCCUCGCCCGCCGCCGCACCCGCGACAGCCUCAUCGUCCUCCCGCCCAGAGCGCCGCCGCGGCUCCCGCGCGUGUCUGCAGUGCCGCUCGCAAAAGUCGCGAUGCUCGGGCGACCUGCCGACGUGCGCCGCCUGUCGCGCGCGCCAGAAGGAGUGUGUGUAUCCGGAUCUCAAGCGGCCGCAGCGGUUUGUUGCUGGGAAGCCGUCGCCGAGCGCUCACGACUCGCCCGUUUCGCCGCGCGCGCUGCAGUCGUCGCCGUCGGAGACUCUCACCGACACUGGGUCGUUCUCGCAGCCGGCCGCUACCGUGGGAAUGCCCUCACUUGCAAACCUCGCGCCUGCUGCGUCGCCCGACGUCUCGUGGACGGGCUCCGUGUCCAACUCCAGCUUCAACGACACGCGCUCGCUGCCGCUGCCGCCGAUCCGCGACCAGCUGCACCUCAUCAACGACUUCUUCCGGCAUCUGCACCCGCUGCCCAUCUACGGCUUUCUGAACGAGAUCCCCGUCACCCAGCGCUGUCUGCAGGGCAGCCUCGACGAGACGCUGCUCCUCGCGCUGUGUGCCGUGUCGGCCAUGCAUCUCAAGUACACCAAGUACCACCCCGUCUCAACCGCCUCGUGGAUCCAGCGCGCGGAGGACAUGAUCUGGGCGCGCAUCGAGCAGCCGAGCAUCUUCCGCACGCAGGCGCUCAUCCUCGUCAUCCACUUCCGCAUCGAGGCCGGCUCGUUCCAGAAGGCCUACAUGCUGUUUGCCAUUGCUGCGCGCGCGGCCAGCGCUCUGCGGCUGCAGUAUGAGAGAAUCGACCUGGGACAUCUGGCGCAGGAGGUGCGGAGGCGGCUGAUGUGGUCGCUGAUGAUGCUCGACUGCCAGUUCUCCAUCGGGCUGCCAGAGUCGGAAAUGUGCUCGCACGAAUCCAUCUACCUCAAGCUGCCGUGCAAGGAGGAGGAGUUCCACGCUGACUACGACCGUGACGAAGCCGGCGGGGACAUGGCCUCGUCUAUGGACGGCGUGCAAGAGGAAGGGCUGCUCUCCAUCUACAUCCGCGAGACCAUGAUGCGCCGCGACGUCAUGAGACUCAUGCGCCAGGUGCGUCUCUCCGGACGCCCGAUGCCUCAGCUCGUCGACCUGGUGGACGAGUUUGCCAAGAGCCUGCAGCAACUCCCCAUUCCGCCGUACUCUGUGCAGCAUCUUGAGCGGCACUCACGCUCGCGAUGGCUCCUCAGAUACGUCGCAGUGCAUUUAUCGUGGCACCAAGCUCACUGCGACGUAUACAGGCUCUUCCUCUCCGGCUACAGAGAAGCAGCCCCCGCCAUUGUCAUAUCGGCUCACAACCCGUCUUAUAUCGAGAUGGCCGCAAGGCUGUGUCUACACCACGCCCAGUCAAUGAUAACCAUAUUGACCGAUUGGGACACCCUCGGAUGCUACCCUGUUGCUGCUCACUACGACAUCGCCGUCUGCGGCUACCACGCGUGCCGGCUGAUCCUCUUCCUCAGCAGAUCACCCCAUCUCCCGGCCGAGUCCAGCAUCACGCCCGAGGUUGCCUCUACGCAGGCGACUGCAAUCCUGGCCAUUUGCAAGCGGCUGUACAAAGACUCCGCACUGGUCGACCACCUGAUCAAGGACCUGGAAGCCGUGAUCCAAGCCCACGCCAACGGCGAGCCGGAGCACCGCCGCGACUCGUCCGACCCCGACGACGACAACACCAGCCACCAGCCUCGCUUCGCCGUCACGGUCCAGCGGCACAAGAUCCUCGGAGUCCACAGCGUCCUGCGCCGCGCGCGCUUCGUCGACGACAGCGCCGACUCAGCUGAAGCACCCGACAUCCAGGGACCCUCCAAAUACGCCGUCCCAGCAGACGCCGCGCCCGCCAGCUUCAAGUCAGCUGAGCCAUCGUCCAACAUAACCAUGCUUGGCGCGGCUUCGGACAUGGACACGUCGGCCUUCGAGUCCCUAGUCAGAGCAUCACUUGCAGAGACGCAAACGCCACUGGACAACACCGUGGAGACGCCACAGUUUGUCGUCGCUAGCGAGCCCUUCAACCUCGGGUCAUGGGAUACCACGCCCAACCUCGACCGCAUCGCCAACGAGGGCAUGCGCUUCGACCACUGCUACGUCACCAACAGCAUCUGCACGCCGUCGCGCGCCGCCGUGCUCUGCGGCACGCACAACCACGUCAACGGCGUCAUGACGCUCGACUCCAAGAUCAACAAGCGCAUCCCCAACGUCGCCAAGCAGCUGCGGUCCAACGCAAACUACCAGACCGCCAUGAUCGGCAAGUGGCACCUCGGCGAGGGCGAGGAUCAUGAGCCCACGGGCUUCGACCACUGGAGCGUGCUGCCCGGCCAGGGCGAGUACUGGGAUCCGGAGUUCAUUGAAGCCACAGGGAAGACGGCGCGGAUCCCCGGCUACGCGACCGACAUCAUCACCGACAAGUCCAUCGAGUGGAUGGACAAGCGCGACAAGAGCCGGCCCUUCUUCCUCAUGUGCCACCACAAAGCCCCCCAUCGAUCGUGGGAGUACGACUCCAAGCACAAAGACCUCUACAAGGACCCCGUGCGGCUCCCCGACACCUUCACCGACGACUACAAGAACCGCGCCAACGCCGCCAAGGUGGCCAAGAUGCGCGUCGCCGAGGAUCUCACCUACAACGACCUGGGCAUCGUGCAGCCCGAAGGUCCCCGCAGCGUCAUCGGCGAUAAGAUGAUCGACAUCUGGUGGUGGCAGGACCGCAAGAUCCCCGCGCCUGAGGACGUCACCGGCCUGAAACUGUUCUGCAAGGAGACGGGCGAGGCCUUCACCUUCCAGACGCAAAAGGAGCUCGCCGAGUGGAAGUUCCAGCGCUACAUGCAGCGCUACCUGCGCACCAUCCAGAGCAUCGACGACAACGUCGGCCGCAUGCUGGACUGGCUGGACAAGGAGGGCCUCGCCGAGGACACCAUCGUCAUGUACACGUCGGACCAGGGCUUCUUCCUGGGCGAGCACGGCUGGUUCGACAAGCGCUUCAUGUACGAGGAGAGCUUCCAGAUGCCCUUUAUGAUCCGCUACCCGCGCGAAAUCGCCCCCAAGUCGGUCUGCAAGGACAUCAUCUGCAACGUCGACUUCGCCCCGACCUUCCUCGACUUUGCGAACGCCCGCAUCCCCACGUACAUGCAGGGCGUGUCGUUCCGCCCCGUGGUCCAGGGCAAGACGCCGGCCGACUGGCAGCAGGUCGCGUACCAUCGCUACUGGAUGCACCGCGACAUCAUCCACGAGGCGUACGCGCACUACGGCGUGCGCGACCAGCGCUACAAGCUGAUCUACUGGUACAACGAGGGCUUUGGCCUCGAGGGCACGCGGCCCGGCGGCGAGGACAAGGAGUGGGAGCUGUUUGACUGCCAGGAAGACCCGCUGGAGCUGUUCAACUGCUACGGCGAUGCUAAGUACGCCGACGUGGUCAAGAAGAUGACUAAGAUGCUGGAGGACAAGAUGGAGGAGAUUGGCGACGAGACUGUCCACCUCAGAGUGCUGAGUUAGACGUAGAUUAAAAUUGUACUAGUAGAGGCGCCUUGACGCUGUAGACAAUGCAAAGACGUAAAAUUAA